UUGUCUCUUGAAUUCGCCGAAUACCCCGAAUACCCCGAGGCGGAGAUAAGCGCACUUUUCGAGACAAAACAUUAUCAAGCAUUGCGGACCAAAUCUGGAACCUGACAAAGUGCUUGCAUUUGAACUGCUCGGAGCGGAGGUUCGGAGCGUUCCGGAAUGUCUUUUGACAUCAAAGUGUCCAAAGAUUAUACACAUCAAGCGGGUCACAUUCCACGUACAGGGCAUUCAUUCUGUGAAAGAUAUUGCGAGAUUUGUUUUUCUUUCUCAGCAACGCUUCGACAGCGUGACCAAUGUCAACUCCCCAGCAUUUCCUCAUCGCUGGCGCCACUGGUCGUCAAGGCGGAGCUGUCGUCAGUGCUCUCCUCACCCAUUCCGACUUUGAAAUCGAUCCCAAUCGUGUAUGGGCCAUAACCCGUGAUGCAGCCGGAGCCUCGUGUCAACGCCUAAUCUCCAAAUGGCCUGGCAUCAACAUCGUUGCCGGCGACUUGAAUACCCCUCACGCACUCUUUGAGCAGCUAGGAAAUCACAUCCUCUCUCAAACAGCCGUCUUCCUCGCGCAAGCCCACGGGCCCACCGAGCUCUCCGACGCAAAAGGCUUCAUCGACGCCGCGGCAACUCACGGCGCUGCAUAUUUCGUCUACUCAUCCGUCGACCGCGGGGGCAGGAAACUCAGCGACGCAGACCCGUCGUACUGCAAGACGUUUUCAGACAAGUUCUACAUCGAGCAGCAUCUCAAGAGUGUUGCUACCCAGAAGGGAAUGGGUUACACGAUCAUUCGUCCGACUUGGUUCGCUGAUAAUGCGCACUGGGGCUUUCCGGGCAAGCUUUGCAUGACGGGAUGGAAGGUUUGGAUGAAGGGGAAAAGGAUGCAGGUUGCUACGACGACGGAUAUUGGGAGGUGGGCUGUUGAGGGUCUUGUUAGGCCUGAUAAGACUGGCAUUCGCAAUGAAGCACUUUCUGUUGCGAGUGAGGAGUUGAGCUUCCAGGAGAUUGACUUAAUUUUCAAGAGGAAAACUGGCAAAGGGGUGCCAGUGACCUUUGAAUGGUUUACCAUUUUGAUGAUCUGGUUAGUGAAGGAUUUGAACACCAUGUUCCGAUUCAUUGAUGAGAGGCCAUACGGCGCAGACUUGCCUUGGUUGAAGGAACGAUUGGAGCCGGCGACCGUCACACAAUGGGUUGACACAAUUCAGUUCUAGUUAUGUAUUGAAUCGUAGAUUUGUUUUAUACCAAAUCUCUGUAUUUAUUUCUUAAGUUGUGGUGUUUUCUUUUUCUUGCCC